GUCGGCUUCACUCCACGUUGCCGUGAGUGCGGAAUACAAACUGACUCCGCAACUGGACUUUAACAGAAACAACCCAUAAAGUCUACAUUUUAUUUCUUCUUUUUCUGGAGGCUUUCGGACACGCUGACCGCGGAGCUCCCGUAUCUCCUCCUCCUCCUCCCGGUGGUGAGAGGGCUGCCAAGGUGAAGCGAGACGUCCGACUGCAUGAGGAGUCCCGGGACCCUGGUCCUCACCUAGACCCCCCCACGACCCCCCACCGCCCGGACAUGAGGUCGUUCCGGUCGUUUGCAAACGACGACCGCCACGUCAUGGCCAAGCACGCCAGCAUCUACCCGGCGCCGGAGGAGCUGGAGGCCGUCCAGACGCUGGUGUCCACCGUGGAGGGAGCCCUCAAGAAGGUCUCCGAUUGGAUGGACGGCCUCCGCGGGUCCUCGGGGGAGGUCUCCUCCGGCGCCGCCGAUGAUGAGGCGGUGGAAGACGCCGCGGAGGCGAGGACGUCGGCUGCCGUGGCUCCGCCCCCCACUCUGUGCGGCGUGAUGCGGGUCGGCCUGGUGGCCAAAGGCCUGCUGAUCAGAGGGGACCUGGACCUGGAGCUGGUUCUGAUGUGCAGAGAGAAACCCACCAAGCUGCUGCUGCACACCGUCAGCACCAACCUGCCACUGCAGAUACAGUCGAUGACGGAGGAUAAAUACGAGGUGCAGCCCUGCGUCCUGGACGCCGCCAUCCAGGUCUGCAGCACCACGGAACCCCGAAUGACGCUGAAGGUCACCCUCUCCUCCUUGACCAUGAGGGAGGAGCAUCGAGGAGCCGCCGAGCAAGAGGACAAAGAGUGGCAGGAGGAAGGUGAGAAGGAGAAGAAGGAGGGAGAGGAGGAGGAGGAGGGGAAGGAGGAGGAGGAGGAAGACGUCCUGGACAGGAAGAAGUGCCGGGCGGCGCUGGCGGCGCUCCGACACGCCAAAUGGUUCCAGGCCAGAGUGACAGAUCUCAAGUCGUGCGUCGUCGUCUUGCGCAUCCUCAGGGACGUGUGCAGCCGGGUGUCCGGGUGGCGGCUCCUCACAGGACGGCCUCUGGAGCUGAUCUGUGAGAAGGCCGUGGCCACCUGCAACCGGCCGCUGGGCCCGGGCGAGGCCCUGCGGCGCGUCAUGGAGUGCAUCGCCUCGGGGGUCCUGCUGCCAGGAGGUCCAGGAGUUCACGACCCCUGCGAGAGGGAACCCACCGACGUCCUGUCCGACCUCGGGGCCCAGCAGGCCAACGACAUCACGAGCAGCGCACAGCAUGCGUUACGCCUCCUGGCCUUCGGACAGCUGGACAAGGUCUUGAAUAUUGAUCCUCUCCCCUCCAGUAAACCCUCCGCGAGGCCAUUAGAAGGAGGUCAGAAGAGGCUUCGGGAAGUCGUCGGGUCGGAUGACAGAGACUUCAUCAAAAGGAUGAAAGUCCUGGACUGGAGGAUGACGGAUCCCAACCACCCCAUGAACGCCCUGAUGCGCCUCAACCAGAUCCAUCCGGGCCUCCAGUACCGCCUGCUGGCCCAGUCCGGCCCGGUGCACGCGCCGGUCUUCACCAUGUCGGUGGAGGUUCAGGGGACCAGCUACCGGGCCACCGGCAAUGCCAAGAGGACCGCCAAGCUCCAGGUGGCCCUCAAGGCGCUGCAGGCUCUGGGCUUCGUGCUCGGAGGCGACGGAGACGUUGACUCGCUGAGCGCCGACGAGAAGUCCGACGGCGAGGGCAAGAACGACCGCAUGUCCACCAGCUCCAGCUCCACCUCCAUCACCUCCUCCACGGACGCACAGGAGUCCAGAGCUCCGGGUCCGAUCCUGACGGCCGGCGGUAAGAACCCGGUGAUGGAGCUGAACGAGAAACGCCGCAGCCUCAAAUAUGAGCUGAUAUCAGAGAGCGGGAGCAGCUACGACAAGCGCUUCAUCAUCGAGGUGGAGGUGGACAAGCAGCUUUUCCGCGGAACGGGUCCCAACAAGAAAGUAGCCAAAGCCAGCGCGGCGCUCUCGGCCCUGAAGAGCUUGUUCUCCGGCGCCAAGCCCGCGAGCAGCAAGAAGAAGAGGCCCAACCCUCCGCCCAAGCGGCCGGUUGCCUCGGUGAUGACCCUCCCGGCCCUCGCCGCCAGACCCACGCGGCUCCCCGUCAUCCCCAGAGCGCCUUACAUCAGCACGCCGCCCACACACGGGUACCUCCCCCAAGGCGGCCUGUACAUCGACAGCGCCUACUACCAGCCGCAGACCAUCGCCACGCCCAUCAUCAUCCACCUGGGCCCUCAGGACCUCUUCUGACCCCCCGACACCGGAUCCUGCAGGUCCCUUUCAAACCCUCUGUCGCUCUGGGUUUCUCCAAACGGGGCACAACAGCAAUAUUGAAAAGCAAUAUAGAGGAGGGGGGGGGGGGGACUUAGAUUAAAAAAACAUCAAUAACAACACAAAGCAAUACUUCUUCUGCCCUCGGGGAACCAUCAGCACAUCCACAGACAAUGUUUACUAUCUGUAUAUAUGGUGUGUGUGUUUUAAUUGUAUAUAUAUAUAUAUGUGUAUAUAUACAUAUAUGUAUAUAGAUAAAACAUGUAUAAAUAUGUAAAACCCCAAAAAGAUAUGUAUAAUCUAUCGACUGAAGCAGCUCUCAGAUAUCUCUAAACACUCCGUGUUCAAUACAUUUCACGACUUGUCUAUAAGUGUCUUAGGAUGUUUACGCUAUUUAAUCUCUAUUUAAACUAUUUUACCCAUUUUCAAAAGCACUGAGAUCAGAAAUGUCACAUAAAAAUCAGACAAAUUUGCUGUUAAAUUGAAGUUUAUCAUCAGUUCUGAAGUCUACUGUUGUUUUGUUUACAUCGAUGGUUUCCAAAACCGUGGCCAGGGAACCCGACGCGGGGUCGCACGACAGAUCUCACAGGUCACACGAUGAAAAAUAUAUUUCUACUUCUUAUUUAUGUUUAUUUAUGACACACAAAGCGAGUUGCAGGCUGGUUUUAAUGGUGUAUUUUGCAAUAAGGUAAAUAUUAUAGAGGACCGAUGGAGGAGCGCGAGUCAUAAAUGAACUACGUGUCUUUAUGUCCGGGGCUUGUGGAGAGUUUUAUUUUGAAAACCACAGCACGACAUUUGAGCCACAGAACAAAGGAACUUUUUAGAAUUUGUUUUCAGCGUAAACGUUGAUUCACGUUCUAAAAGUAGAGCUCAACAAAAAAUUAAAUAGUGGAAAUUUAUCAAAUUGAAACUUAAUUACCAAGAAACAAGAAAAACUAUCACAAGUAUGAUUCCUGGAUUUAAAGCUUAUCAGUCUGAAGUCUGUUAUAUGUAUAUAUUCAUUAGUUAUAGGGACCUUCACACUGACGUCAUGUGACCAUGUUACCAUGUGAUCACGUGACCAUGUCACGUAACCAUCUGACCAUGUGACCACGUGUGCUGUCGAUGAAUCUGAUGUAACGUUGUGAACCGUUCAAGUGAUGAAGAAUGUUAAAAAAUAUAUCUGUUUUACCUCUUCUGGUGAAGAUUAAAGAGACGAACAAGGUCAAAGGUCAAGAAGCCAGCAGGCAUAAUGUGUGUUACUGUUCAUUAUUUUUGUGUUUUUCACUUUUAUUAAAGGAUUUGCUUAGUGGA